AUGUCCGACUCAGCGCAGCGCCGCGUCCAAGCCAUCAGCAACCAGCUCAAGAGCGGCGAGCUGCCGCCCGUCCACCGCGUGGCGGCCAAGGGGCCUAGGGUUGCCGGGAAAGUGGUCAUCAUCACGGGCGCCAACUCCAUCCUUGGCAUCGGCCGCGCCACAGCGCACCAAUACGCCGAGAACGGCGCGCGUGCCAUCUACAUCUGCGACUUUGACGGCGCGCAUCUGGAGGCUCACAAGCGCGAGAUCGAGGCAAAUUACCCCGGCGUGGACAUCCACGUGCGGCAGUUUGAUGCCGCCGACGAGGCGGCCGUCAAGGAAGUGAUUGACGAUGCUGUGAAGCGCUACGGCCGGCUGGAUGUGUUCUUUGCCAAUGCGGGUAUCACCGGGCCGAAUGUGGUGUUUAAAGAGAUUGAUGCGAAGGCAUUUAUGGAGGUUAUGAGGGUUAAUUCGUUGAGCGUUUUCCUCGCAAUCAAGCAUGCCUCUGCAGCCAUGCAGCUCACCUCGUCCUCCAAGCCCUCUCCCUCCGGCAGCAUCAUCUGCACGGCCUCCGUCGCCGGGCUGCGCUCCAACGCGGGCAGCACGCCCUACUCCGCUUCCAAGGCGGCCGUCGUCUCUAUGGUCCAAACAGCUGCCUUCCAGCUGGCAGGCACCAACGUCCGCGUCAACGCACUGUGCCCUGGCCUCAUCGAGACGGGCAUGACAAAAGAUGUCUUUGAGUAUGCGCGGGCGAGGGGCACCACGCACAAGAUCGGGCAGCUGAACCCGCUGAAGCGGGCGGGCCAUGCCGAUGAGAUCGCGAGGGUUGCGCUGUUCCUGGGGAGCGACGAGGCCAGCUAUGUGAAUGGCCAGGCGUGGGCCGUGGAUGGUGGAUUGAGUGCCGGGCAUCCGUAUGUUCCGGGGAGGAUUGGUUAG